AUGUCCCAACAACAACGAGGUGGAAGAAGAGUGUUUGGCUCAACGUUUUUCUUUUCAAAGAAUGUGGAGCAUGCUAAAAUAAUCUUAAUGAUAGUGGUUGUGGCAUGUGUGUUGUCAAAGAUGAUCAUGAUGGUGAAGGCUUUUAAACCAUUUGGAGUUGAAGUGAGAGACACCAAAGAUGCCUAUCAUGUCAUUAUUAAUAUGGAUUCACUUCAAUCGUCCUCCUCAUCUUCAAAGAAGCUUCGAGUGGAUUCUGACACCCAACAAAUUGUUUCAAAAUUUAAAAAGGUGAUGACGCCUCAAGACGAACAACUCAUCGCUACACAAUAUAUUCAAUUUGCUGAACAAGUGAAUCAAAUCGCUCAAUCCAUUCCAGCAAAUGCUCCACAAGAAGCCUCUGCUCUCAAACAACAAUUAUUGGCGAUUGUCAGAGAUUUCACAUUGAAAUCUGAGCAUCCAGGUGCAGACAUUUUGAAAUCCACUUUGAAAGAUUUCCAAUCCAUGAAACAACAAGAACAACAACAAUCAGGAAUUUCAUCUUCUGAUCAACAAUUACAACAACAAGAAGGUGGAGCUCAAACUCUCUUCCUUCCUAUGGCUCUAAAAGCUGUCUCCUUUGCCAUGAAUGCUGUCAACGGCAUUGGAACUUAUUCAGAUUCACUUUCAAAAGCUUCGCAAUUCUUAGCCGGUCCUGUUGCUCAAAAGUUGAGUCAGUUGGGUUUCUCAAAAGCAGCUUCUUUGGCGCAACGAUCCGGACAAAAGAUGGAUCAAUUCGUCACUCAAAUACUCAAACCAUUCGAAGACAAAAUUGCUCAAAAGAUUGCACCAAUUGUAAAAUCGAAAACAUUUCAAAAUGUGAAUAAUGCACUCAACGUUGUGACAAGUGCCAUGAGUUUGAAAGGAGGUUUGAAAGCAUUGGGUAUGGUGAGUAAAAUUAAACUUCCAUCUGGUGCUUUGGCAAAGGCAAGAUCUGCUUUGAAGAUGGCCAUCAAUGCUGUGAAAAAUCGUCGAGAGAUUAUGAACAUGAUAAAACAAAAUCCAGAACAUGCAUUGAACCAAUUCAACAAGAUUAAGAGUCGCGUAGAACGUGUUCAAGGUCAAUGGGAAGAUUUCAAAGGUCAAAUGAGAAAUUUCAAAGAUGGUUUAAUGAAUCGAAAUAAUAACCAGCAAGAUCAGCAAAAUGCCAUGCCAAUUACAUCUUCAACACAACCGUCAAGAAAUCAUCGAAACUCACGAUCAGGAUUUAAUUCACAACAACAACAACGAGCAAGUACUAGAAAUCACUCUCAACCACAAAGAAGAAGAUCCAAAGGUACUCAGUCCUCACGAUAUCGCGGAAAUAACAGAAGAUCAUUGGGUCAGAUCAGACGAAAUGGAAAUAAAAGAAGAAAUGGAACAAGGAACAAUGGUGGAAGACCACAAAGAUCGUUGAAUAAUAGAAGAACAUCACCAUCAUCACAACAACCGUUGCGAGGACGAAAUAAUCAAGUGAAUCGAAGAAGAAUCAAUAAUAAUUCUUCCCUCAAAAACCGUUCCAAUUCCUCUGCAAGAAGAAGAACCACCAAUUCAAAGACUUCUUCAAAUGGUUAA